CUGGAGCUCAUACUGUCCUCCUGUCCUGCAUUUCUGCUUGAUCCUGUGGAAGACUUCUCUCUAGCCUGACAAAAUGUGUGACCAGUUUCUAGGCACCUGGAAGCUCCUUUCUAGCGAAAACUUUGAGGACUAUAUGAAAGAGCUGGGUGUGGGGUUUGCUACCAGGAAAAUGGCUGGUGUGGCCAAGCCCAAUGUAACUAUCAGCAUCAAUGGUGAUGUGAUAAUGAUCAAAACAGAAAGUACCUUCAAAAAUACAGAGAUCUCUUUCAAGCUGGGUGAAGAGUUUGAUGAGACCACAGCAGACGACAGAAAAACCAAGAACGUCAUAACCCUAGACAAUGGCGUACUGAACCAGGUGCAGAAGUGGGACGGAAAAGAGACUAUCAUAAAGAGAAAAGUGGUGGAUGGGAACCUGGUGGUGGAAUGCACCAUGAAUAAUGUUACCUGCAAAAGAGUUUAUGAAAAAGCAUGAAGAAGCUAUCUUCACACAGGACUAUUGCUUAAAGCUGGAGAUAAACAACUAAACUGAAGGAGAAGAGAACUGUACUUUUUACAAGUAUAUCCCAAACCAGUUACAAUCAGCUAGUCUAAUUUGUUGUGGCUAUUCAAUAAAAUGUUCAGCUUUCUACAA